UUACAUAAAAUAGACACGAUUCCUAAAAAAGUGGGAGGAUUUCAGGGAUUUUCAAAUCAUAUAUUUCUUACUUAAAUUUGGAAACUCCAAUUUCUUCUCUGAUGAAGAUUUUAGCAUUAAAUUGAUAUGGACUUACUUCUGCGGAUUUUUUUUACAAACCUUGGCUUGUUAUUACCACCUUUUCUAAUUAUUUAUUAUUAUUAUUAGUAUUAAAUCUUAUAAAUAAAAGAUGGAUUUUUUUUCUCUAUAAAUAAGAGAGUAUCUCUUUCUUGCCAACACUUUGAAUUUCAAUCUUCACUCUUCCCUUUCGCUCUCAAAUAGAAGCAAAGUAUGGAGGAACUGGAUUCAGUUUUCAUGUACCAAGAGAGAGAAAAUGAACUAAGACAGAAGCUUCUAGAUGCAACAGUUGAACUAGAAACAAUGAAAAACAUGAAGACAGAACUCUUCAACUUACUCAAAACAGCUUAUCAAGAAAGAGAUGAAGCAAGAAACCAGCUUCAAAAAGUAAUCAACUACAACCUCAUUCCAACAACAACUCCAAUCCAUCAUUUACAAGAAAUCUUUGUUCCAAAUCCAAGCAUUACAAUCACAGAAUCUAGUAGUCUCUCACAUGGUUCACCACCAGUAGAUUCAUUCUUUGAACCUGUUUCUUCACCUGAAUUCUCAAACAGCAAAAUGGGUUAUCUCAAUAAUCAUCAUAAUUUUGUUCAAGUUCAAGACUUUAAUUAUUUGAACAUGGCUGUUCCUAUUGAAAAACCAAUGUGUGAUCCUGGAACUGUUGUUAUAGAUUCUUUAGCAGCAGAAAGAGUUUUGCCACAAAAGGGUAAACUUUUACAAGCUGUGCUUGAUUCUGGUCCUUUGCUUCAAACAAUUCUUCUUGCAGGACCACUUCCAAUUUGGAGAAAUCCACCACCUUUGCAAGAUAUAAAGUUUCAACCUUUGAACAUCAAAGAGUGUGAUAAUAAUAAGAAUGAGACUAGAAUAAUUGAGUCUAUUUCAUUUCCACAAAAACAGAAGAUUUCUUCAAUUUUGCAAUCUUCAAAUGGUGUUUCAACUUGUUCUGCUUCUUCAAUGGUUAAUUUUGCUGGUAAUCAUCAUCAUGGUUCAUUGAACAAUACAUGGAAGUUUUGUUCUAGUUCUAAUUCUUGUUCAAGUCUCAGGAUUCAAUUAGAGUCGAGAAAGAGACAAAGGUAUCAAUGAUUUUGAUGAAGUUUUCUCCUCAUAGGUUAUUUUUUUUCACUUAUGAAAAUGGAGCUACAACAAUUGGUGUAAAUGGGAUGGCAGAACAUCCUUUUGAUUGAACACUUUUUAGUUAGGAUUUUUUUGGUUGAGAAUGUUGAGAUUGGUUCCUCUAUGGCUACAAUCUUUAUCCAAUUUUAACACUGCAACAUCAUACUGCAGCUGUAAAGGAGCUAAGCUCGAAGAUGUUGAAGAUGUUUUAGUUCUUUAAAUUUGCAAGUUUAGGAUUUUUUAUUUUAUGCCACUAAAUCUAGUUUUCAUCUUUGCGAUGCAAACUUUUUACUAUUACGAGUAUCAAAAUAACAAUUUGUUAUUUGGUUUAAAUUUAGCAUGAAUUUAUACUCUAUCUAUCUUGGAACUGUAUUGGUGACAAUUGGUGCAAAACUUUAAUAGUGAAGUUGUUGAUGAA